UAUGCUACAUAUCUUAUCUCACGUGGUACUAAUGUGAAUGCAUGCAGAAGGGGGGUGUGGGUAUGGGAAUCUGUACAGCCAGGGUUAUGGUACCAACACGGCGGCACUGAGCACGUCGCUCUUCAAUGACGGGUUGUCAUGUGGCGCGUGCUUUGAAUUGCAAUGCAGCAAAAACGAUCCUAGGUUCUGUUUGCCUGGCACCAUCACCGUGACCGCCACCAACUUCUGCCCUCCAAACUUUGCAUUGCCCAACGACAACGGCGGGUGGUGCAAUCCCCCUCUUCAGCACUUCGACAUGGCAGAGCCCGCCUUCCUCCAGAUCGCCCAGUACAGAGCUGGCAUUGUCCCUGUCACCUUUAGAAGGGUGCCUUGUGUAAAGAAAGGUGGGAUUAGAUUCACUUUGAACGGACACUCUUACUUCAACUUGGUUUUGAUCACCAAUGUCGCGGGAGCGGGAGACAUCCAUGCAGUCUCGAUCAAAGGGUCGAGAACAGGGUGGCAGUCAAUGUCAAGGAAUUUGGGGCAGAAUUGGCAGAGUAACUCGGUGCUCAACGGUCAGAGCCUCUCCUUUCAGGUCACAGCCAGUGAUGGUAGGACCAUCACUAGCUACGACGUCGCCCCUUCUAAUUGGGAGUUUGGUAAAACUUAUGAAGGCGGCCAGUUCUAA